ACCAUUUUCAAACCUCUCUUUCUCUCUCUAUAUAAACCCACCUUCUCUAUCUUCUUGUAUUAACCACUUUCUGUACAAAACUAUCUCUCUAAAAAUCUCUCCAAUUCUUAGAUACCUUUUUGUGUCAAUCAAUCAGUUUCUCUAUUAAGAGUAAUCAAUAAAGAUGGAUUUUUAUCAUGGUGAAUUAGAUGGUGCAAAUUUCAACAACCAAAUUAGUGAAGAAGAAAUGGAGCUUAGGAGAGGUCCAUGGACUUUCGAAGAAGACCUCGCUCUCAUUAACUACAUCUCCCAACACGGUGAAGGGCGUUGGAAUUCCCUCGCUCAAUCUGCAGGUCUAAAGAGAACUGGAAAGAGCUGUAGAUUAAGAUGGCUGAACUAUUUACGCCCUGAUGUUCGACGAGGAAAUAUCACUCUUGAAGAACAACUUUUGAUUCUUGAACUCCAUUCUCGAUGGGGUAAUCGGUGGUCAAAAAUUGCUCAAUAUUUGCCUGGUAGAACUGAUAAUGAGAUCAAGAACUAUUGGAGAACACGAGUACAAAAACAUGCUAAACAGCUCAAAUGUGACGUGAACAGCAAGAGAUUCAAGGACACCAUGCGUUAUCUUUGGAUGCCAAGAUUAGUUGAGAGAAUUCAGGCGGCCGCUGCCGCAGCAGCUGCCGGCGGUGCUUCCUCCACCACCCAAUACAAACCCAUCAGCCAUAACAUUUCCAGUAUAGACAACAGAGGCCCAAGCCAAAAGGGGUUGCCAGUGCCACAGGCUAACAACAGUAACAUGGUUGGGAAUUAUGGCGGCGGUAUUUUUCCGGUUAACACAAACGCCACCAGCUACACGGCGGAGAAUUCUAGCACCGCCGCCUCAUCAGACUCAUUCGGCACCCCAGUUUCAGACCUCACAGAUUGUUACAAUUAUGCAGUUAAUCAGAACACUAAUCAGGAUUACUAUCCUGCUAAUCAGCUAGCCUAUGGAGAAACCUUAACCAGCCCCACAGGUUACUUUAACCAAGGGUUAGAUUUCACAGUUAUGGAGCAAAAUAAUCAAUGGAUGGACGAAGGGAACAUAUACGAGAAUUUGUGGAAUGAUGAUGACUUGUUCUUACAACAGCAAUUCAACAACAAUUUUUAAGGAAUAAAUCGAAGUGUUUAAUCCUCAGUUGUAGAAAAAAAAGAAGUCAUCAAAUCAUCAAAAAAGGAAAUAGGUUUUUGGUCACAUAUAGAAUUAAUCAGUGGAUUUGAUGUUUGUAUUAAUUCUUAUUUGGUUUUUUUCGUUUCUUAUUUAAUUUGUGGGGGGUAAAAAUAAAUUGUAAUUCUAGGGUUUUUUUUAUAUAAUUCUUUGAAAUUGACAUUAGUUUGAGUA